AAAGAAACUGAAAACCGUUUUUCUAUAAAACAUGAACAAGGUCGGAGGACCGGAUCUCAAAAAGUUCAUGGAGAAGCGACUUUUAGUCAAGAUUAAUGGAGGGCGCCAGGUCACAGGCAUCUUAAGAGGAUAUGACCAAUACCUCAAUUUGGUUUUAGAUAACGCAGUGGAAGAGGUGUCAAGCACAGAAAGAAAUCAAAUGGGGAGCACAUUUAUACGGGGCAGCAGCGUUCUCAUGGUGGAACCCGUAGUGAAAAGUUAAGUUUAUAUCGAAUACAGUAAAAAACGUGUAUUUAUUAAGCGA